AUGCAUUUUAAGAAACAAGCCAGCGAUGACGAAGACAACGAAAUCGAGAUUGUGGAGCCCAAAACGGAUACGAUUACCAUAGAUUCCGAUAACGACGAUGACACUCCCUCGACCUCAACACAACAGAAGGCCAUGAUGAAGAUUGUAUCGGUGACAUCGGCGGCUCCGAAGAAGGAAGUGAUAGAGAACCAAACUGAUAUCGAUGUGGCUGCCUUCAGCUCCACGAUCUUGGCCAGCCUGCUAGAAGUGGACAUACACGAGGGCUCCGGUGACCCCAAGGCCAUUUCUCCCGGUCAGAAGAAGCAGCCGCGCAAGAAGACCACGAACAAACCCAAUCCAGCAUUGCUGCAGCUAGAACGCCAACGUAUGGAGGAGCUGAAGCGAUCCGAUGUCAAGUUGAAAAAGAAGUGCGUGGUAAAACUCCGACGCGCUGAGGACGAGUUUGAGGUGGCUCGCCAAUGGAUGGAUAGAUUCAGACAGCGGGAUCAGGAUGCUCAAGGAGAUGCCACCAAGAUCACUGAUACUGCGGAAGCAUCGCCAGCCAAAGCUCCAAGUGAAAUUGAUCUUGAGGAGUCAGCGAAGAAUUCUCCGCCAAACAACGAUCACCAGCCUAUGGAAAUUGAAAUUCAACUAAAUACUUUGGCUCCUGAAUUGCAAGAAAAAGAAAUUACGAGCAAGGAAAAGGAGUCCGAAGACUUAAAGCUAAAAGAAUCCGAUAAGCAACCACUUCCGGACGACAAGAAUAAAGAUAAACCCGUAAAGAAGGAAAAAAUCGGAGAAAUGUUAAAGACUGCCAUCAAGAUAAAAAUAUCACAGAAAGCACAAACAGGAGGAGAAGUAAAAACAGAAGAAAAAAGACUAACAGAAGAGAGAGAAAAGGCGGUAACAGCAGAGCAGAACAAGGCUGUAGGGGAAGAAGGUCAAGUAGACAAAGCUAUCUCGGAGAAUAUAUCAGAAAAGGAUAGUCCCGACGAAAAGAAAAAGGAAUCCGCGUCUCAGACUGAAAAACUAGCAGAAAAAGAUAAAACUGAACAGAAGAAAAAGAAGGAAAAAGUAGAUGGGACAGAAGUCAUUGAAGAAGAGGACCCAGAUCAAGAAUCAUCUAAGGAAAAGGAACCACCGGCGUCCGAAAAGGAACGGGCUAUUGAUGAAGAUGAAUCCUUGACCGACAAAAUCCCAGAAAGCUAUCAGUCAGAUGAAAAAGAUAAGAAAGCUCCUACUGAAACUGUCUCAGAAGCGCCUACCGAAGCAGCAGCUCCUUUAGAGGCAGACCCAAGCCCAGAUGCAGAUAAAGUUGUGCCACAAGAAUCCAUUUUCCAGAAUGAAGAACUCACAAAACAAGACCCAGCCGCGGACCUACUUGAAGCUAUGGACACAUCGACUGAUAAUGGGAAGUCCUUGGCAGGUGAGCUUGUAGAAGGCAUGGAUGUGAUUGAAUUAGACGAACCUCCUAAAGAAUUACUCGAUUGCGGUAUCGACGAAGUAAUUUCCAUGGAUGGCAUCGAACUGAGUUGUGCCACUGAAGAGCUGAUGAAAGCCUUGGCCAGUAGUCCCAGUGCUCUCACUUCCGAAAAUGCCACCCUAGACGCGACUGAUUUGAAUGCUGAUGAACUAAUAGAAACCCUUCCACUGGAAACCACAGAGCCUCCUGAGAUCCUUCUCAAAGAAGACGACAAUGGAGAGACUGGAAAUAGUGAGGCACCUAUAAUCAACAGUGGUGAAAACGGUGGGACCGACCAGGAGGAGGCCGGUGAGGCUACCGCACCCGAAGAUGUCGCUGCCACGGGACACAUACAAGGCUAGUUUGUGGUGAUCAUAAGAGGUCCCUCCACAGAAGGAAAAACUUAACGCGAGGACCUAAGGUUCUUCCUAAACAGACGAAAGACAAAGGAUGCUAAACAAGCCACAAUUUUGUAUAUUAAACAUCGUAGAUCUACGAUUCUUUUAAAAAUAA